GGCAGGGGCGGCUCGGUUCUCAACAUCUGACAGGGAUGUAUUCAGAUCCCCAUGACGUCACCCGAUGCCCUGCGCUCCGACAGUCAGUCAGUUCAGGGAUGCUCUGUACGCAAGACUGCAGCAUCUUCUUCUGAGCGGUUCCCAAAAAUCGCAUCUCUUUCCAGCAUUUUUAUCCAUUCUCUGCAUUCUCUCCCUUCCAGACCUUCCUCAAAAGCCACCCCUAGCCCUGUGCACCGACCUGCAAGAAAUCUUCAUGCGAGAAUUGAAGACCAGCUAGAAAAUAACAUUUUUGUUUCAUUUCUCUUUCCUUUUUCAUUAAUUUCGCUUCUUUGUUGAACCCACAUCUAUACAUAUCUACUUUUCGUUUUUAUUUGUAGUUAGUGUUUUGUAUCUCCAUAAUCCGUAAACGGAAGCGUGUAACCGCGGUGCAUCGCCGUAUAGAGAGGUAAAAGUGCGAAACUAAUACUGCGAAAAGCUAUAGUAUAUAUGAAGAAAUCGCGAAAAGAUUAAAUACUUUGAAGCCUCACGUUUAGUAGCCGGGGAGUGGGGAGAAUUAAUACGUUGGAUUUUUAUAGAUGUGACGUUUCUUCAAUCCAGCAUCAAGCAUUGCCUUUGUCGAAUAAGGCUUCUGCAAAUACAUACGGCAUAUCAUUUCGGUGUUUCGAAGAAGGGUGGAUAAAACGUAAGAGAUCUCUCUCGGAAGAGAACGACAACGUCAGAGACGCAUUUCUAAUUCUUUAACGCCCCGCUUAUUCAAGACCCUUUGUUUCUUGCGUUGCAUUGAGGGAUAACGCAGUUUUUAUUCAAGCUACUAUGAAAAUGAUGGCUGGCGGGGCAGUUCAACAGAACGGGAUUUUCUCGAAUCCUCACCAUCACAAUCAACAGCCCCACAUGGAGUCGGAUCCCCCAGAUUCCCGCAAAAGACCGCUGGAGACCCCGACUGAGGCGAGCAGCACCAAGCGCACAAACACGGGAGAGGAAGGCGAGUAUUUCUUGAAGGUGCUGAUCCCGAGCUAUGCGGCCGGCUCCAUCAUCGGCAAAGGGGGGCAGACCAUUGUCCAGCUGCAGAAAGAGACGGGUGCCACCAUCAAACUGUCCAAAUCCAAAGACUUCUACCCAGGGACGACAGAGCGGGUGUGUCUGAUCCAGGGGACGGUGGAGGCCCUGAACGGCGUCCACAACUUCAUCGCGGAGAAGGUGCGCGAGAUGCCGCAAAGCGCCCAGAAGACCGAGCCGGUCAGCAUACUGCAGCCGCAGACCACCGUCAACCCCGACCGCAUCAAACAGGCCAAGCUGAUCGUGCCCAACAGCACAGCGGGUCUGAUCAUCGGCAAAGGCGGGGCCACGGUCAAGGCGGUCAUGGAGCAGUCGGGCGCAUGGGUGCAGCUGUCCCAGAAGCCCGAGGGUAUCAACCUGCAGGAGCGCGUGGUGACCAUCAGCGGAGAGCCGGAGCAGAACCGCAAGGCGGUGGAGAUCAUCGUGCAGAAGAUCCAGGAGGACCCGCAGAGCAGCAGCUGCCUCAACAUCAGCUACUCCAACAUCUCGGGGCCCGUGGCGAACUCCAACCCCACCGGCUCGCCCUACGCCAACUCCGCCGAGGUGAUGCCGGCCGCGGCAGCCGCCGCCGCCGCCACCGCCUCCAGUCUGCUGGGGCAGGCUAGCCUGGCCGGGGUGGGCGCCUUCCCCACUACCAUGUCCAGCUUCUCAGGUAAUGACCUCCUGGCCAUUACGUCUGCCCUCAACACGUUAGCCAGUUACGGAUACAACACCAACUCCCUCGGCCUGGGCCUCAACCCGGCCGCCGCCUCCGGGGUCUUGGCGGCCGUGGCGGCCAGCGCCAACCCGGCCGCCGCCGCCGCCGCCAACCUCCUGGCUUCGUACGCCAGCGACGCCUCCACCAGCGCCGGACACCCGGCCACCACCCUUGGCGGGUUCACCCUGGGGUCCCUGGCCGCCGCCACCGGGGCCACCAACGGCUACCUGAGCGCCGCCUCACCGCUGGUGGCCAGCUCCCUCCUGGCCACCGAGAAGCUGACCGAAGGGGCCAAGGACGUGGUGGAGAUCGCCGUGCCGGAGAACCUGGUCGGCGCCAUCCUGGGCAAAGGUGGGAAGACGCUAGUGGAGUACCAGGAGUUGACGGGGGCCCGCAUCCAGAUCUCCAAAAAGGGAGAGUUCAUUCCCGGCACCCGGAACCGUAAAGUAACCAUAACCGGCUCGCCAGCGGCCACGCAGGCGGCUCAGUAUCUCAUCAGCCAGCGGAUCACCUACGAGCAGGGCGUGCGCGCCACCAACCCUCAGAAGGUGGGCUAAACAAAGAGAAUCAAGGAGGAAACACAAAACAAAAACAACAAAAACAAAAACGGGGCCGGGGGAGGGGGAAGAAUACGGAAAACGGAAGGAAAACCCAAGGAAGUGGAAAGGAAUCAUCCAAACACUCAUGUUUCAGUAUUCAAGGAAAGGAUGAGGAGAAAUCAAAUCCACACUUGGAAGGAGGAAAAAAAAGUAUCAUACAAAAACCAAGAAAAAAAUGUGUAAAAUGUAAAUAUGGUUUUAUUACUUAAGUCCUGAUCUUUCGGGAUUUUUAUUGUUUUUUUUUUGUUCUUCGGACGGCGGUGAACGGCAUUUUGAACCGGCAUGCUGCCGCGCUGCAGUUCCUGGGGGGGUGCCCCCUGGAUUAAAGCCCCCCCACCAACGCCCCCCCUCCCCCCCAUUUCUCCGUAGCUCACAGAUUUUUUUCAACUUCAGUCUCGAAUCUCCCCUCCCCCGUCCCCUAUCCCCUUGUCGGUCCGUUGAGGCUGCAAACAAGCACUGGGUUUAAGAUCAGAGGGAAAUCCCCAUAGUCACUGACACCCCUCCCCACAUCCCCCCCCUCCCCCCCGCCACCCUCCUCAGCCAAUGGCUGACAAAGGGAGGAGAGAUGCAAGGAGGCCAAAGGCUUUUGCCGAUGGCUUAUCUUAAGAGUUCCUUUAGCGUCUUGUGCAGGAUUCUGACUCAAUCGGGCGUAAGGAAUGCAACACUCAUUGUUUGCGUAAGAAAUACCCACAGUCCAGUUCUGGUGGUUACUUCAGAUGUAUGAUGCACCGAGCUGACUCAGAAUCCUGAACUAGCACCAGGGCACAUAGAGUUUGUGGCAUUUUCUCUACAGGGUUUGCAUUCUGGUAUUAUUACUAUUAUUAUUAUAAUUAUUAUUAUUAUUGUCAUCACCAUCAUCAUUAUUUAUUAAUAUGAUUUCACUCAUAAAGACUGAGGUAUUUUCAAUUUUUUUUUUUAAAUCUGUGAAUUCAGGUUGACAUGAAUGUAAAGACUAUAUU